CAACAACUUUAUUUCACGCAACCUCUUGCUUUUUGUAAACAAGCGCUGAAGUGUGUUAGACGCGAUUUCCUCAUUUAUCGCGCUUUAUAGCUCGCACGCGCUUGCGGUUGUUAUGACGAUGUCAAAUCUGCGCGAGCUCUGCAAAAUGGCGGGUGUUGUAACGUGAGAUUGUGCCACUUUUAAUUGUUUGUUUACGGUGACCGUGACGUCAGAUCACGGUGUCUAAAAGGAAAGGGGGUAGUUUACGAUCACAUGUCAAACAGCGACUUUUUAAGUGGGAUUCAGUCUGCCGUUGUCAUGGCAACCUCAGGCUACCCCACCGAGGAGCUUCAGCCCUCCCAAACGCAAGGAAGCAGCGUGACGACAAGCUCAUCUGCGCAGCAAAAAGCCACUUGUUCUACAACACCGCAGUUCCCCGCCAACAUACAGAGCUCGCCGGCAUCCGCGCCUUCACACUCGGCCUCCAUCGCCAGAUUGCAGACCACACCUAUAAAUCAAAAGAAAGUGGUUUUGGCCACGCCUCCUCCGAGAGCCACACCCAUAGCCCAGUAUGUCACAGGAGAACUACAAAGCUCCGCCUCCCAGUCUGGGAAUGGGCAGAGCACAUCACAGUUUAUAGUGGUGACCGUAACAGAGGGCUCUCUGCACUCGAGUGACUCUGUGUCAGACUCUAAUUCUCCUCCAGCUGGACAGACAGGUGUGCCAACACAGGUAGUGCAACAGGUGCAGACAGCACAGAGAUCAGGGGUGCAGGGAACAAGCAAGAGUCAGAGAGGACAGCUGGGGGACAGUAAUCUACACAUCACAACUGAUGUUCCCGUACAGCAUGUGUACUCCAGUCAGUUUGGGGAAGGAGAUGCCAACUACAGUAGUACACCAAUCCGUUCCAACAGUUUCCCGUACACAGACUCCUCCCUCUACCCUCAGACCACGCCCUCCAUCGCGUAUUACGAGACUUCGCCCACAUCCGGGUCGCAGGUCACCUCCCCUGCCACCACCCAGGUCGUGUCUGUCACCUCGGGGGCGGUCACGGGGGUGGCUUCCAUGUUCUCAGAGGGCAGUUCAGGGAUAACUGUGCCCGCUGGGUCCUCGACGGGAAUUGGAGGAGUGGGAGGCGUGGUCAGUCCGGGAGGGGUGGGGAGUUACGUGAUUCCGUGCGGGUACAUGCUCGGAGGAGGGAACCAGAGCUUCUCGCAGAACACGCGAGCAUCGCCUGCGACCGUGCAGUGGUUGAUGGAUAACUAUGAGACGGCUGAAGGUGUGAGUCUUCCUCGUAGUACUCUCUACUGUCAUUACCUCCUGCACUGUCAGCAGACCAAGCUAGAGCCUGUAAACGCCGCCUCCUUCGGCAAACUCAUCCGCUCCGUGUUCAUGGGGCUCAGGACCAGACGCCUCGGCACCAGAGGGAACUCUAAGUAUCAUUAUUAUGGGCUUCGCAUCAAGAGCAGCUCUCCUCUGCUUAGACUCUUGGAGGACCAGCAACAUCUGGCCUUGAGACAACAGCCCUUCUCGCAGAAACAGAGGAUAAAGUCCAUGCAUAAGGUGGAAGGACUGACCAAUGGAAUGGCUCUGGGGGCGGGGCAGCAACUGGGGGCGGGGUUAUCAGACAUCAGCGGUCAGGUUCACCAGUAUCAGCAGUUUUUGGAUGCCUCUCGCGGUCUGCCGGAGUUCAGAGAGCUGAAGGCCCUAGACAAAUGUCUACCCGUAGGACUCCUUCCUCAACAUAUACACAAUUAUCAGCUACUCUACAGAGAACACUGCGAGGCGAUUCAGGACGUGAUGGUGAAUCUGCAGUUUUCUCUUGUGGAGACGCUGUGGAAAAGUUUCUGGAGGUUCAGCGAAGGACAAAGCAACAGCGCAGAUUCACUCGACCUACAUGAUGAGUCAGAGAAGCGUUUGCCAAAGUCGGUUCUGGUUCUGUUGUGCAAGUAUGAGCCCGUCUUGUCCUGGACACGUGAUUGUGACAACAUACUGUACCAAAGCCUAGUGGAGAUUCUCAUCCCUGAUGUGCUGAGACCCAUCCCCAGUGCCUUAACCCAAGCCAUUCGCAACUUUGCUAAGAGUCUGGAGAACUGGCUCACCAACGCCCUGAUCAACAUCCCAGAAGAGAUGGUCAGCUACAAGGUGGUGUGUGCGGGAGCCUUUGCCCAGACGCUGCGACGCUACACAUCGCUCAAUCACCUGGCACAGGCGGCACGCGCCGUCCUGCAGAACACCGCUCAGAUCACGCAGAUGCUCAGCGACCUCAACCGCGUCGACUUCACCAACGUCCAGGAGCAGGCGUCGUGGGUGUGCAGCUGUGACGAUGGUGUGGUCCAGCAGAUGGAGCAGGACUUUAAAAUGACCCUGCAGCAGCAGAACUCUCUGGAGCAGUGGGCCGCGUGGCUGGACGGGGUAGUCUCGCAGGUCCUGAAGCCCUACACCGGCAGCUCGGCCUUCCCUAAAGCGGCUAAACUCUUUUUGCUCAAGUGGAGCUUCUACAGCUCUAUGGUGAUCAGAGAUCUGACCCUGCGCAGUGCCGCCAGUUUCGGCUCGUUUCAUCUGAUAAGACUGCUGUAUGAUGAGUACAUGUAUUACCUGAUUGAGCACAGAGUUGCACAGGCCAAAGGAGAGACGCCCAUUGCUGUCAUGGGAGAGUUUGCCAGUAUGAACAGAGGUCAGAGGUCAACAGAUCCAGAUAAAGAUGAGGAAGAUGAGGAAGAGGAUGAUGAGACCGAUGAAGAUCAGGAUUUAUCCGCUCAUGCUCACUCCAUCGUGAUGGGAGACGAAUCUCUGGAACCGCCUGCAAAGCUUGCCAGAGCAGACCUGUUUAACAGCAGCACACAAAACUAACAAACACAAACACACACAAGUGUUUUUUAUUUGUGCUCAUCGUCAUCUUCUUAUCAUCUCCACUCCUUCAUUUGGUCAAAUUCAUAAAGAAGACCAUUAGUAUUAAACAUUAGUCAGUGAAAUACUGCAUUUGAGUUGUGCAUUUCUGUUUCCUUUCCUGGAAAUGGAGAGAAUAGUGAUAACCUGAGGAUCCUGACCUCAAACCUGAUGUGUUUGUGAAGCCUGAUAACUGUAACAGAUUCCUUAUGUGUGUCAUUGCCUUCCCAUCUCAAUCCAAGCUGCCAAGUUUUUCAUGUGUCUUCACUCUUAAAGGGAUAGUUCACCCAAAUAUUUCAUUUACUCACCCUCAUGUCAUUUCAAACCUGUAUGAUGCCUUAUAGCAAUCUAGCAAAAAAUAUGUUUUAAUAUGUAAUAAGAAAAAUUAUAUAUACAACUGAUGUGCUUUAACCAACUGUGUUACUUUGAAGCUUUGUGAUUUUGGUUAAAAAAGACAUGUAAUGGAUCACGUGUGCCUUUAAAGAUUACUAAAUCUAGAGAUCCGUAAACAUAUAAAUAAAAAUAAUCACAAAGCUUUUGUCAUUUCUUUAUCAGAGAUCAUUUCGGACAAUUGUUGAUGUACCUAAAGUGAAUUAAACUAAUUUGUUCA